GUCUAUUUGACACCGCACCAGCCUGUCCCGGAAAUUGCACCAAAUGCCCCGCUAGCAGCGACAGUAACAGCGACAAAUGACGAAGCUGAAGACACCGCAGCUCUUUGUUCCGUCGACCUGCAAGACUCCGAUCCCCUCAACUGCGCUGUUUUCACUCUCCCUAGGCGAGGCAAGACCAGUGUCAACUCUCGAAACGAUGUGGCCGACCGACCUCCGACGGGGAUACCACCGCUGCCGCGGCCAGUGACACCCUCUCGGCGGCCCGGUCUAGGUCAACAAAUCCUGGCCAGGUUGACCAGCUGGCAGGUAACAUCACAGUUUCCUCCAUUUUUGUGUGCCGUUUUAUUUUUCGGUGAUUCCCCCCCCGCCAUUGAUUCUCCGAUAUGGCGCUAA